AUGAUUUCUGAGCUACUUUUCACCGUUGUGGUCAUCGCCAUAAUUGUUUUGAGCUUCAGAUACACACGGCCGAGGAAAGACUCGAUCCCCGGCCCCCCGUUCCUCCAUGGACUCCGCACAGUGUUCGCUGCCCUGAGGGAUAACAACCUGCACCAGAUAGGCGAGAUUUGGGCAAAGCAAUAUGGCGACCUGGUGGAAGUGAACGCCGGUAUGGGAAAGAUUGUAUUUGUCAACGACUCCGACCUUGUCCGUCGACUGCUCUGUGAUCCGGAGAAUAGAGAUAUCACCAACGACAGGCCCCCCACCUUCGUUGGGAGACACUUAUGCUACAAUUACAAGAACAUCAUCACGGCAAACUUCAGCCCAGAACUUGUGAAGAGGCGAAAGGUUUUUCAUACAGCUUUAAAGUUCUAUGGAGAUGGUGUCCACACGUUUGAAACACUCAUUCAGGAAACCUCUCUUGAUCUGCGGUCCCAGUUGAAAAAUUAUGAAGGCAACGUUCCUUUGAAAAACGAACUAACGGAUUUCAUCCUACGGGUUGUGGGUUUACUUUUGAAAGGAACACAUCUCAUGGACACAGAUCUUGAUAUUAUAGCCAACCUUGUAGAUACAGCAAAUAAAUGUUUCCAGUUUGAGAACGAAACACUCAUGAAAUUCUUUCCUUUUGCUCGUUUUAUUCCCGGCCUCAAAAUAAAGCAACUCGUCAAUGACUUUUACUUCUAUCGUAAGGAACUCAUUGACUCAUUCUUCCUUAAGGCUAAAGAAGCUUACCUCCAAGGUGAAAAGAGCGGUAUUAUCUCCGAGUUGCUGGACCAACAAAAGAAACUGGAAGAGGAAGGCCAAUCUGGGGUUCUUUCUGAUGAGGUCAUCAUCACUCUGAUAUUGGACAUAAUGGCUGCCGCGUAUCUCAGCACGGCGUGUACCAUCAGCGGCUUGUUUCUAUACCUAAUUAAAGAUCAAAAUGCCCAGGAUCGAAUCCACGGGGAAAUCCAAAAGGUGAUCGGAGACAUCACACCGGUUUUCGAACACCGACGACACAUGCCAUACACAGACGCUGCAAUCUUGGAAAUACUACGCAUCUCGACCAUAUCGCCAUUUUUGUUGCCCCACUUUGCCAACGCCGACCUGACCAUAGAUGGCUACACGAUCUCCAAAGGCAGCACCCUCCUCCUCAACUCCUGGUACUUCCAUCACCGCGAUGACCACUGGGACCAACCCUGGAACUUCCGACCGGAACGCUUCCUGGACGGUAGUGGUCAGCUGGUUGACCCUGAGCAUCCACAGCGCAGGAAGUUGAUGGUGUUCGGCACUGGGCGGCGACUGUGUCCAGGGGAGAACUUUGCCAGGUCUCGUCUCUUCCUCAUCCUGGUCACCUUACUCCAGCACUUCCGUUUUCUACCUCCUUCCGGGGAAGAACUUCCGUCAUCGCACCCCAAAGACUGGACAUUGGGGACUGUUCUCUCCCCAGGUAAUUAUCAGUGCAGGGUUGAGCUCAGAGCCUGA